CCCGGCCCGGCAGCCAUGGCAGGAGCCGGCGGCGGCGGCGGCUUGGGCGGCGGCCCGGCCGCGAUGGGCGGCAGCGACUUGCAGUGGUGCUUCUCGCAGGUGAAGGGCGCCAUCGACGAGGACGUAGCCGAAGCUGAUAUCAUUUCAACUGUCGAAUUUAAUUACUCUGGAGAUCUUCUUGCAACUGGAGACAAGGGCGGCAGAGUGGUUAUAUUUCAGAAAGAACAAGAGAUGGUGAGCCCCUUGAGGGUCGCCGUCUCCAGUGCUCGGCACAGCUGUGGGGCACGUGGUCGGCACUCGCCAUAUGUUGCCAUGUCCCGGUUAAGCAAUAAAAGCCGUCUUCAUUCUAGGGGCGAAUAUAAUGUUUACAGUACCUUUCAAAGUCACGAACCUGAAUUUGACUAUCUGAAAAGUCUAGAAAUUGAGGAAAAAAUUAAUAAGAUUAGGUGGUUGCCGCAACAGAACGCUGCUCACUUCCUGCUGUCUACUAACGAUAAAACUAUUAAAUUAUGGAAAAUAAGUGAACGGGAUAAGAGAGCAGAAGGUUAUAACCUGAAGGAUGAAGACGGGAGACUCCGAGAUCCAUUCAGAAUCACAGCACUACGGGUUCCCAUCUUGAAGCCCAUGGACCUCAUGGUGGAAGCAAGCCCUCGAAGGAUAUUUGCCAACGCGCACACCUAUCACAUCAACUCCAUUUCUGUCAACAGCGACCAUGAGACGUACCUCUCUGCCGACGACCUGAGGAUCAAUCUGUGGCACUUGGAGAUCACCGAUCGAAGCUUCAACAUUGUCGACAUUAAACCCGUGAACAUGGAGGAGCUGACCGAGGUGAUCACGGCCGCAGAGUUCCACCCGCAUCAGUGUAACGUGUUCGUUUACAGCAGCAGCAAAGGCACCAUCAGGCUCUGCGACAUGCGCUCCUCCGCCUUGUGCGAUCGGCACUCCAAAUUUUUUGAAGAACCUGAAGAUCCCAGCAGUAGGUCAUUCUUUUCAGAAAUCAUUUCUUCAAUAUCUGAUGUAAAAUUUAGUCACAGUGGUCGAUACAUGAUGACGAGAGACUACCUUUCAGUUAAAGUAUGGGAUCUCAACAUGGAAACGAGGCCUGUGGAGACCUAUCAGGUUCACGAAUAUCUGCGAAGUAAGCUUUGUUCUCUCUAUGAAAAUGACUGCAUCUUCGACAAGUUUGAGUGCUGCUGGAGUGGCUCCGACAGCGCCCUCAUGACUGGCUCCUACAACAACUUCUUCAGAAUGUUCGACAGAAGCAUGCGGAGGGAUGUCACUUUGGAAGCAUCUAGAGAAAGCAGCAAACCCCGAGCCAUCUUAAAGCCCCGGAAAGUGUGUACCGGGGGCAAGAGGAAGAAGGACGAGAUCAGCGUGGACAGCCUGGACUUUAACAAGAAAAUCCUCCACACGGCGUGGCACCCUCUGGACAACGUCAUCGCCGUCGCAGCCACCAACAACUUGUACAUAUUCCAGGACAAAGCCAACUAGAGACUCGGCCCGGCCGGGGACGUCGUCCUCCUCCCGCCUCGGGAAGCCCGCGAGCUUUUCUGUUCAAAGAAAAGACCCCAUCGUCCUCUCCGUGAAGAACACUGGCGCAUUCACGUCCCCUGAUUGGCAAAGGCAAAAAGCUGGCCGGGUUCGGCUUCGGGCGGUCACACUGCCUUCCCCGAGGUGGGAAACACCCACCAGAAGCAAGUGUUCAAUAAAGGCCUUUAUAGAGAAUAAAUGUAUUUAUUUAAGUCUGAGCCUUCCUUUCCAGUUUAUAGACCAAAAAUCCAACACUCCGGAGGAAAGUUACCCAAGCUCUCUCUUUUUCUCUCGUUCUUUCCCUUUUCUCUCUGCUGUUCUACCUGGGCCUUUCAGAACACACGGCGCACUUGAUGACGAGACAAACGUUCCUUUUCCGGCCUUGGUCCGGGUCUAGGCGGUUUUGCCAUCGGAUGCCUCGGUAGGGCUUGAGCUGGGUCCGGCAGCAGGUUUUUCACGUGUAUUUACUCUCCCACUGUAUUUAAUCACACCUUCUGGUGGAACCACUUAAUAAAAAUAAGAAACUAUAAAAAGUGUUUUUAAAUCUGGAAGUACGAAUCGGUCUUUUUAUUUUCUUGUAUUGCAUUAUUUCAAAUUGUGCAAAGUCAUCCUGACGGGAGGCUGUGACCAGAUUUUGUCCUGAAUCAUUCAUUGACAGAACGGUGCCGUGUGACGUCAGGUGGCUAGCUGAGGAGGCCCGAGACGGCCGGUCACAGCCAAUAAUGACCGUUGUCGCUGCUGCUCCAAUACUAAAAAAAGCUGGUUUUUAAUCUGCCUCAGAUUUGCCACAGUUGGGAUACCUGAUGUUCACUUUUUUUUUUUAAUCUUUUUAGUACUUGGGCGGGUGGGAGGGCAGGGAUAUAAAAUAUUGGUACAGUUAUCUGCAUGCCGAGUUUCAUAUUGCAAUUCAAGCCAGCAUCUAGAAUUUGUUAUGCAAACCAUCAGUAUGAAUUCAUAAAGAUUUUGUUAGCGGAGUACAAUAUUUGACGUGAGGAAAUCGGGCUAUCCCAAGACCAGUUAAAGGUAGAAAAGUUCCCGGGUGACGGAUGCUAUGGAACUACUGCUGGGAGAUGAGAGAAUAAACCCGAACCGCGACUUGGUGCCUCUCAUGUCACGGGCAGGAGUUUCAAAAGUGUGUCUCAUUGACCUUGUGUGUGGCUAGAUCUGUCCAGAGAGCCCUCCCACCCCCAGAAGGCCUCGGUCUGUACCUCCUGUUUGUGACGCAUUCACAGGUCCUGGGGUUCGGAGCCGGCUGGGGAAGCAGUGGCCCAACUUGUUCCUAACAUUUCAGUACGAAUACAAUGGGAUUGUAUAUACUUGUUCAACUAUUUUGAUCAAAAAGUUUAAUAAAUUUUAAAUGUUUAACUGGA